AUGUCUUUGGUCGAUCUCGGGAAGCGGCUGCUGGACGCGGCCCGGAAAGGUCAUGAUGAUGAGGUCAGGAAUCUGAUGGCUAACGGAGCUCCAUUCACCACAGACUGGCUGGGAACGUCUCCCCUCCACCUGGCGGCUCAGCAUGGACAUUACUCCACAGCAGAUGUGCUGCUGCGAGCCGGCGUCAGUCGGGAUGCCCGCACCAAAGUGGACAGGACUCCGUUACACAUGGCGGCUGCAGAGGGACACACUGUCAUCGUGGAGCUGCUGGUCCGGAGUGGUGCAGACAUCAACGCUAAAGACAUGCUGAAGAUGACAGCACUGCACUGGGCGGCACAGCAUGGGCACCACAGUGUGGCUGAGACCCUCAUCAAACACGGCGCUGAUGUGCAUGCUCUCAGUAAGUUCGAUAAGACGCCCUUCGACAUCGCUGUCGACAUCCAGAACACAGAGCUGAUGCUCCUGCUACAGGAGGGAAUGCAAAACCAGGUCAACAUGAACCAGAUGAAUAUGAACCAGGUCAAUGUCAACAUGGAGUCCAGCACCACAUCAAACCAGCCGCAGUUCAUCAUCCAGGGAAUACCUGCUUUACAAGGGGGUGUGGUCAACCUGGCCGACCUGCUGAACAAGGCCAACACUGGUGAAACGGAAGAGACGAUAACUACCAGCACCUUAGACUCCAACAUCCAGCACGCCACAGUUGUUAACGAGGGAGGUCAGAGGGUAAUCACUAUAGUUACAGACCAGCACGGUAACCUACAGACCACAGGAGGGAUGGCGCAACCGUUCUUUGUUACCAUGCAGCACGGACAGCAGAUGCUGGCAGUACCAGCCAAUACUGUGACAGAGGAAGUGGUGACAGAGGAGCCCCAGGCCCCACCCUCCAGGAAAAGAAAGCUGGAAGUGACCACCAAUCACAAUGAUACAGGAGAGACGGAGCUGUUGCAGAGGCAGCUGCAGGAGGCCAACAGGAAAGCUCAGGAGUAUCGGCAGCAGCUCCUGCAGAAGGAGCAGGAGGCUGAGGAGUACCGCAUCAAACUGGAGGCCAUGGCACAAAGCCAUGCCGGCAGCCUGUCCACAAACACCAAUGGUGCUACUGCCGCCAGCCCUGUGGAGGUGGUUGGUGAAGAGGAGGAGGAAGAGGAGGCAGGAACGGGAAUGGUGGAAGAGGAGGGAGAGAUGGUGGUCCUGCAGGAGGGAGGAAUUAUCAUGGAGGGGGAGGAGGGUCAGGUGACGCUCGUAGACACGAGAGGAGAGACAACAGGCAUGGGCUCCUAACGAGGAGCAGGGAGAGGAGAGGAGGACACAUCCCACAGACUGAGAUGUAUUAGCCAAUAGGAGAUGACCUGGUUGGAGGAAGUGAAUCAUGGAGGAGGAUUAAAAAAAAAAGACAAAUGCCUGAAUAGUACAAAUGACGGAAGUGAUGUUCAAGAAAACGAAAACUUAAACGUCUGUAUGAAGGAGGCGGGACCUUUGCUCAAAGGCACAUUUGCUUUUUAUUAAAUUUUACCUCUGAUCAAGGAAAUGUAAAGACACCAGUUCUGUUUCCUUUUCAGAUAAAAUGCAGAAGAUGAUGAACAUGAGAUGACUAACACUCACUGCGACAAGUUGGAGUUGCAGAUAUAUAUAUAUAUGUAUAUAUAUUUUUUUUAAUGCAUUUCUGUUUUUCCUCCCUGAUUUAUGGUCAUUCUUCAGAUAUUAAACCUAUUUACAUCAUU